UGAGGGCGGCGGGUGGCUCUACCAGCGCUGCUGCUCCCCUCUGCCCGGGAGAGGGGUUUGACGGCGGUGGAGCGAUGGGGCUGGCUGGGCUGGCGCUACUCCUCACGGUCUCCGCGGCCUGGGCCGGGGAGAGGCCGCGGGCGGUCGUCCCCGGGGGCCAGCCCCGGCCCAGCGUGGUGCUGGUGACCUGCGACUCCUUGGAUGGGCGCUUGACAUUUUAUCCAGGAAAUCAGACUGUGGAUUUGCCUUUCAUAAAUUUUAUGAAAAGAUACGGCACUGUCUUUCUCAAUGCCUAUACCAAUUCUCCAAUUUGUUGUCCUUCCCGUGCAGCUAUGUGGAGUGGUCUUUUCACUCAUUUAACAGAAUCUUGGAAUAACUUCAAAGGUCUAGAUCCAGAUCAUGUAACGUGGAUGGAUCUCAUGGAGAAGCAUGGCUACCGCACACAGAAGUUUGGGAAAUUGGACUAUACUUCUGGACAUCAUUCAGUAAGUAACCGUGUAGAAGCCUGGACGAGGGAUGUUGAGUUCCUGCUCCGGCAAGAAGGGCGACCCAUGGUGAAUCUUACUGGUGAUAAGACACACGUGAGAGUGAUGGAAGCAGACUGGCGCAAUACUGAUAAAGCAGUAAACUGGAUAAAGGAAGAAGCUGUUAACCUUACUCAACCAUUUGUCCUUUACUUGGGACUAAAUUUACCACACCCGUAUCCGUCACCCUAUGCAGGAGAAAAUUUUGGAUCCUCUACAUUUUUAACAUCUCCCUAUUGGCUCGAAAAGGUAACUUAUGAAGCUAUUAAAAUACCCAAGUGGUCUUCUUUUGCAGAGAUGCAUCCAGUAGACUAUUACUCAUCUUACACCAAGAAUUGCACAGGAGAGUUUACAAAGCAAGAAGUGAGAAAUAUUAGAGCGUUUUAUUAUGCGAUGAGCGCAGAGACAGAUGCCAUGCUGGGUGAGGUGAUUUCAGCUCUGGAGGAUACCGGGCUUCUUAAAAAAACAAUCGUUAUAUUCACUGCAGAUCAUGGAGAACUUGCUAUGGAGCACCGGCAGUUCUAUAAAAUGAGCAUGUAUGAAGGAAGUUCCCACGUUCCUCUUUUAGUUAUGGGGCCAGGCAUCAAAGAGCAGCAGCAAGUACCACACGUGGUAUCUCUCGUGGAUAUAUAUCCUACUAUGCUCGAUAUAGCGGGGAUUCCUGCCCCACGGAACCUCAGUGGGUAUUCCCUGAUGCCACUGCUGCGGGGAAAGGCUGAAGGCAGGGGCUCCCCCGGGGGGUCCCGUCCCCCGUGGGUGCUGAGCGAGUUCCACGGGUGCAACGUGAACGCCUCCACCUACAUGCUGAGAACCCCCAAAUGGAAAUACAUCGCCUACGCGGACGGACGCUCCGUACCUCCACAGCUCUUUGACCUUUCUGAGGAUCCCGAUGAGCUAACUAACGUUGCCAUGAAAUUCCCCCUAAUUGUGCGCUCCCUGGACAAAAUGCUCCUCUCUAUCGUAAAUUACCCGAAGGUCUCUUCUUCUGUUCAGGAGUAUAACAAAAGACAGUUUAUGAGUUGGAAACAAAGUUUGGGUCAGAAUUACUCAAAUGUGAUUGCCAACCUUAGGUGGCAUCAGGACUGGUUAAAGGAACCAAAAAAAUACGAGAAUGCAAUUGAUAAGUGGCUUAAUCAAAGUAAGUGAACAAAAACAACCUGGACUUCAAAUGACUGGGGAUAUGAAAACAUUCUGCAUUUGUAAUAUUAUGCUGUAUUUCAAGCGUUAGAAUUACUGCCUUAUAUAAGCUAUUGAAAGCCAAGAUGCCUGAACAAUUACCACUUUGUGUUAGAGAGGAAAAAGCAUUUUAUAUAACAAACCAGUGCAACAAAUCUAGAUUUUUACAUUAUAAUUCUGCAGCACUUAAGUAUAGAUAGAAAGGGUAGCACAGAAGUACUAAUGGCUUGUAUGGAAUAUUUAGCUGGUUGCAAAAAUGGUGAGUAUCAAGCAUUAGAACUCAUCAAGAAUUUCCAUUUCUAAGGACAGACUAAAGCAAGGGCUAUAGAAUGUAGUGUAGUGAAGUGUGCUGGAGCCCACUUUCCAUCAAGAAGGAUUUUAAGUCCACAAUGAAUUCAUAUUUGUGCACCUUAGAGAAUGUAUUCCGGUUAAACAGCCAGUAUUGGACUGAACUUAGUUGCAGUUUAUUCAAGUACUUAUUUUGUCAGCAUUCCCUUUUUAUACACGAUUGACUCUACAUCGUCUCAAGAUCUGCCUUCUAGUCUCUUGCUUUUGGAUCUGGUACUUAUUGCUGUUUAAAAUUUCAUAAUAUACAUAGGCUACUAAUGGAGCCUGUGUGCAAGGGAAGACAAAUCUGGUCUCUGGUCACUGAUGGAAAUUAAAAAAACAAACAAAAAAAACCCGACCACGUCCAGCCAAACCUGUGAGUAGAGCAGUUCUCUGAAAAGUGGUGGCGUGAUUUGUCUAGCGUAAGAUGGAAAAUGCUUGAACAGAUCUCAUUGUGCAGUUAGAUUCUGCAGGUAAAUGUUUUAAUGUGUGUCAACGAGCGGGGAACGGGAACCGGCAGUGUACACAGAGGAGAUGCAACUGAGGCUUGCAGAAAAAGUUCACAUAAAAACACUAUUUUAUGCUUUUUACCAGGGGUGUGAUAAGAAAACAAAACAGUUUUGGAAGAAGGUAAGGUUUAGCUAGUAACUCUUCAGUGUGGUUGUAGCAGCACUUACGUUUGCUUAUUCUUGAUCACAGUUGUUGCUGCUAUAGUAACAAUUCAGGAUGACAUUAUGCUUCAUACCUAAAUGCUUUCUGGAAUCUGUAAUGAAAUACUCCGUGGUAGCAGUGACCCAGUAAAAAUAAACAUGAAAAAUACAUGUCUUUUCUGAUGGCUAAGCACUCCACAUCCAUUUCAUGAAGUACUUGCCACAAUGGGAUUUGGUAUGUAUCUAUGAAUAAUUUGGCUGGUUUAUUUUUUUAUGUUCACAGAACAUUAAGGCUGACCUUAUAGUACUUACUGCUAUGGUAGCAGGGCAAGGAACAAAUUAACAGGUAAAAUAAACUGUCAGACACUGUAGCACAUGCCAUUAUAAUAAAAUUAGGUCAGGUAGUGAUGAAAUAAUUUCAACAAAAACCGUGUCUUAGUAGUGCAAUGUUAAAUGGCUGUGUAAGAAGAGAAAAUAAAUACAUCCACAGGAAGGCUCACGUAGCCAAGAAAAGAAUAAGCAAAAUGUUUGUUUUCCAGAGCUCCGGACAGAAUGCGGUACUUUGUACAGAAUAUUG